CUUGUCGGGUAUGGAGGUUAGCGGGUCUGUCCUCCCUCAGAGGAAGGGGGGUUUAAGAAGACCCUCGUUAGUAAUUUUAACGCUUUGAAAGAGCUAGUUUCUUAGAAGGACCAGGAAUUAUUCUAGCUAAUACAGCUUUGAUUUCUAGAUGUCCCAAAGUAAGUCAUUGCUCUGCGAGCUACAAGAAUGUCAGGAACCAUAGUGUCUUUUUAUACCUUGGCAAACAUGUUUUAAGUCAACAUAAUUUUCCUGAUUCUGAAAUUUGAAGGCCAUUGACAAGCGCAGUCCUGAAACCAGGAGUUUCUACAGUUGGUGGUUGGCUAGUAAUGAGCUGAGGGGGAGGAACCUUGUGUCUUUUUAAAAAUGAAGGUGAACAGUGUUCACCCAGAAUGUCGCUUUCAUCUGGAAAUACAGGAGGAAGAGACAAAAUGUGCAGAGCUUUUAAGGACUCAAACAGAAAAAUACAAAGUGGACCCACCAUGUUUCAGGUUCUCACAGCAGCCGGUGGCUCCCACGCUGGACAGGCCAGCUUCAGACUGCUACCAAAAUAGGCAUUCUGGGCCCUUUCCGGUCCCCCGUGGAGCCUCCACUUCCUCAGCUGAAAAUGGGGUCUCUGACUCCAGGAUUCCUCCAGCCUUAAAGAUCUGUGGUUGUCGUAAUGCAUACACUGUCCCGAGGCCGCCUCUUCCCGACAGUCUGAUGGAGCUCUGACCAGAGAAAGGCCGGUGAAGUAACUCAGCUCCACAGCUAAGGUGGACCGAGUGUCACUCCUGUGCGAAGCCACGUGCUGACCAUUAAUUAGCCGGGUAUGAGGGAAGACGAGACGCAGGCUACCAGCCAGGGCCUCAAGACGAAACAACCGUCAUGGCCAUCAAGGUCUCUUCUCUUCAGUGAAAAUGAAGAAAUUUAGGAAAAAUAAAUGCAGAGAGGAGCCAGACUUCAGAAUCAUCUGGUGAGUGGCCAGUGAACCCAGGUCCCAGCAGCACCAUCCACGAGACCUCCUGCACGGAGACGGGUGGGCCAGCAUGCUGUCUGCUAUGUCCUCAGUAGGUGACCCUUGGCCACCUGAAGACUCCUGGGGAGUGGGAACUGUACCCCUCAUGCCAUUACUGCGUGGUCAAGUCAUUGACGUGUUCUGAGGCUGCCCACAAAUGGCCUUCACUCACUGGCGUUAAUUGUUCUCCUGGAGCAGCAGUGAGCAGAGCCACUUCUUUAUAUGGGUUCGUCUUGCAGUGUUCACAGAGCAUUCAGGGGCUCCGUGGGGCCUAACACUUCCAAGUCCUGCUGCCUUCUUCAAGACGUACUUCCCAGGCCCUCUGCCACAAGCUGUGGACACACACAGACACUCCCAAAUUGGGGAAGGGAGGAAGAUUGCCGUUGACAUUGCUGGCACGUGGUCAUAAUGAAACAGCAGACCAAGCUGUACUCAGUUUUAUGACUGCUGAUGGAUUCCUCACGAACGGCGCACCUGUCCCUAGCCUGUGCCUGGGCAACUGCUCCCCUUCCCCUUGCCCCUCUCACAACUGAUGUUUAAGGAAAAGUUCCUGGAAUACUUACUUAGUACUUCCUUCUUGUCACUCUUUAUUUCCUACGUUCAUCAAGAAUGUUUUGUUAACAGAUAGAACACUGGCACUAUUUCAGUGGGCAGCAAGGAACACUUAACAUUGAAAAAAUAGCACGACUUUCCCUCAGAGGAAACCCCUCACAGUUGGCCUGGGGUUGGCUGUAUAGUGGACAGAGCAGGGUGGAGGGGCAUCUGUAAGCUAGUGCCCGUGAUUCACCUGACAGGUGCCGUGUGAUGAGAAAUGGGACUAGUUCAGGGAAGGUAAGUUUUCUGCCAUUAUGAAAUACGAUGUUAUGAUCACCACAAUCAGGGGCUUUUAUAUAUAGACCUAAAAGAUCCUUUAUUACUGGUUAUCUCACAUAGAUGGAGUGUGGCAUUAGUUCAUUCAAAACA